AUGGUGCUAUUAACAGUUGAUACCAUUGUAUUUUUAAACUUUGUGUUCUAUAUCUCCUCAGCUACAUAUCUUAAAUAUGUUAUUUUGUCAUCAUAUCUUUAUGGUGGGGGCAGACUUUGCACUUACUGCAGUGCAACACUUGCACUUUACUUUCUUUCCUCCAACUGUCUGAAAUUAGAGCAAACACAUUGGCAAUACAGCUGCUUUUGCUCUGAGCUACAAUCAUGGCUUUUCAUGUUAUUUACCAAGUGGUGUUUCUGGUUAGGAAUCACAGCUGUAAAAUUGAUUUCAGUUCAUUACACUUCAUGA